CUUAUAUUUUUGAUUCAAUAUAUAUAUGAUAUUUAUGAAAAGAAGCUUUUUGUACGAAUUGAUACAAUAUUUAGAUUUUCCAUCAAUUUUGUAGUGUUUAUAGUUCUUUCAUAUAACGUUGAUGUUUUUCACUUCAUGUAUUGUCAUUUUGACAGCAGAGUAUUCAAAUAAGAACUUUUGUUUUUAUGCGCAAAGAGCUAAUCGAUAAACAGCAGUGUAAUGGUUCGAUAGAAUUUUAAUUUUUUAAAAAUUAACAUGGAUUUUAACGUGAAGAAAAUGGUGAAAGAUGCUGGUGCUGCUUUGAGUAGAGUUGUGCAGUUAACAGAAGAAAAACUUGGCACUUCCGAAAAAACGGAGCUUGAUGCACACUUUGAAUACCUUUGGGAAAGAGCUGAAAAUACAAAAAAUUGUACUGAGAAAAUUGUUCGCAAUACUGAGGCUGUUUUGAUUCCAAAUCCUGGUAACAGAAUCGAAGAUUUUAUAUAUGAGAAAAUUGAAGGGAAAAGACAUUCAAGACUCAGCAAUUUGGAAUAUUUAGGUCUUGAUUUGGUGGAAGCUGGAAACAUUUUUGGCCCUGGUACAUCAUAUGGAGGUGCAUUGGUCAAAGUUGGGCAGUAUGAACAAAAGCUGGGUCAAGUGGAAAGAGAUUUUAUUGGAUCUGCUGCUAUGUGUUUCACUCAGCCUCUCAGAAAGUUUCUAGAUACAGAAGUAAAAACUAUUCUUAAAGAAAAAAGCCUCCUUGAAACAAAAAGAUUGGAUUUGGAUGCUUGCAAAAAUAGAGUUAGAAAAGCAAGAAGUAUGUUAGGACACCAAACAGCUGAACGUGAUUUGAGAGUAGCACAAUCAGAAUUCGAUAGACAGGCGGAAAUAACAAAGCUGCUAUUGGAAGGUAUCAGCAGUUCACAUGCAAGUCAUAUGAGGUAUCUUCAUGAAUUUGUUGAUACUCAGGCACGAUUCUACUCUCAGUGCGCUACAGUCAUGACUGAUCUACAGAAGGAACUUUCUAGCUUGAUCACAAUACCAGGAGCAAGUACUGACAGUUCCCCCAUUCUGAACGGAAGUUCCGGUGAUUCCAAAGAAAAUUUUCAAAUGGCUAAAGUAUUGUACAAUUACGAACCUAAGGAUUCCUCAGAAUUGAAACUUUAUGCUAAUGAGGUGAUCAAAGUAACUGAAAUAAUAGGAAAGACUGAUGAUGAUUAUAUGCUUGGAGAAAGAGGUCAACUGAAAGGCAAAGUUCCCAGAGCAUAUUUAGAAAUAAUUUCUUGAAUCCUCGACUACACAAGAACUAUCAAUUUUGAAUUACUAGUACCUAAUGAAAUCAUUCCAACUAUUCAUGAAAUUUGACUCUUAUCCUACUUCUGAUUAUGUUGUUAAAAAUUCUAUCAGAAAAAUGUAUUUCACUCUAUAUAUCAAAAAGAUUCCAAUAUCACCGAUUUACAAACUAUAUUUGCUGCUCAAGGUGUAGCUAAAAUGUUUAAUAUGCUCUUAAUAAAUUUUACGGUAAUCAUCGACUAAGAUGCAAUAAUAUAGUCAAUUAGUAAUGUUUUGCAGUUAAUCAAAGUAUUAUGAAAAGGCCAGAAAGUGAAUGUUCCCUUAUCUUUGAUCAAUUUUUAUUCUCUAAUUAAGUAUAAUCUCUUCUCUUUUUAUUAACUUUCAUUCACUGCCUGGAAUAUAUUGUUAUUGUAUCAAUAUUGUUAACAAAUUAAAAUAUAUAACUGA